AUGGCUCGCGGUCCGCCCGCCAGUCCAAGCGGUACUCCAUGUCCGCCCUGUACAUGUCUAUGUCGGCAAACGACGCAAAAGACAUUGCGAGACCUGAAAGCCAAGAUCUCGUCGCAGUCAAAGAAGAACUUUGUGCUCGAAAAAGAUGUUCGGUACCUCGACUCGCGCAUCGCCCUGCUGAUUCAGAAUCGCAUGGCCUUGGAGGAGGUAUGCUCGCUCUGCUUCGAGGCAACAUUGGCUGCAAUCACUGACAAAAAUCAACCACAGCAAAACGAAGUCGCUAGCCACCUCGAAGAUGCCGCCGAAAUGCAGGAGGGAGUCUUCCCCAACGACGACAAGACCCAGAGAUACGGCAACCUGCUGUUCCUCCUGCAGUCCGAACCCAGACACAUUGCGCACCUCUGUCGACUCGUCUCCAUGUCCGAGAUCGACUCUCUGCUGCAGACAGUCAUGUUCACCAUCUACGGAAACCAGUACGAAAGUCGCGAAGAGCACCUGCUGCUAACCAUGUUUCAGUUCGACAACACGCCUGAGUACUCGUCGCUCUUGCGCGCCAACACCCCUGUUUCACGAAUGAUGACGACUUACACCAGAAGAGGUCCCGGCCAGAGCUUUCUCAAGGCAGUGCUUGCUGACAGGAUCAAUGGCCUGAUUGAGUUGAAGGACUUGGAUUUGGAAAUUAACCCGCUCAAGGUUUACGAACGCAUGAUUGAACAGAUUGAAGAAGACACGGGCAGUCUUCCGGCUUCGCUUCCAAAGGGCAUCACGGCCGAACAGGCCGCCGAGAACCCCCAGGUUCAAGCCAUCAUCGAGCCGCGCCUGACCAUGCUGACCGAGAUCGCCAACGGAUUCUUGACCACCAUCAUCGACGGCCUCGAGGAAGCGCCCUACGGAAUCCGCUGGAUCUGCAAGCAGAUUCGCAGUUUGACCAAGAGAAAAUACCCAGACGCCAACGACCAGGUCAUUUGCACCUUGAUUGGUGGCUUCUUCUUUUUGCGCUUCAUCAACCCCGCCAUCGUCACGCCCAAGUCGUACAUGCUGAUCGACGGCACCCCGGCCGACCGCCCCAGGAGGACGCUCACCUACAUUGCCAAGAUGCUGCAAAACCUGGCCAACAAGCCAUCGUACGCAAAGGAACCCUACAUGGCCAAGUUGCAGCCGUUUGUCCUGCAAAACAAGGACCGGAUCAACAAGUUUAUGCUGGACCUGUGCGAAGUGCAAGACUUCUACGAGAGCCUCGAGAUGGAUAAUUAUGUCGCCUUGUCCAAGAAAGACCUGGAGCUGUCGAUUACCCUGAACGAGAUCUACGCCAUGCACUCGCUGAUUGACAAGCACAAGGGGGAGAUUUGCAAGGACGCGAACUCUCACUUGUCCAUUAUCGUGAAUGAGCUGGGCCCCGCGCCGCCGCAGGUGCCGAGGAAGGAGAACAGGGUGAUCAACCUGCCGCUGUUCAGCAGGUGGGAGACGGCGAUUGAUGACCUGACGGCCGCGUUGGACAUCACUCAAGAGGAGGUGUUUUUCAUGGAGGCCAAGUCGAUCUUUGUGCAGAUUUUGAGGACGAUUCCGGCCGGAUCCUCGGUGGCUAAGAGGCCGUUGAGGCUGGAGAGGAUUGCGGAUGCGGCAGCAACGAGCAAGAACGAUGCGGUCAUGGUGCGUAAGGGCAUCAGGGCGAUGGAGCUGUUGAGUCAGCUGCAGGAGCUGAAGGUGGUGGACAAGAGCGACGGGUUCAUGCUGUUGCGCGAUGAGGUCGAACAGGAGCUGCAGCAUCUGGGGAGCCUGAAGGAGGGUGUUGAUCUCGAAACCAAGAAGCUGGAGGAGGUGUACAAGACGAUUAGGGAUCACAACUCGUACCUCGUCGGCCAGCUCGAAACAUACAAGAACUACCUGCACAACGUCAGGAGUCAGAGCGAAGGCACGCGACGAAAACAGCAGAAGCAGCAGGUUCUCGGACCCUACAAGUUCACACACCAACAGCUCGAAAAGGAGGGUGUCAUCCAGAAGAGCAACGUUCCGGACAAUAGGAGGGCGAACAUCUACUUUAACUUUACGAGCCCGCUGCCAGGAACCUUUGUCAUCUCGCUUCACUACAAGGGGCGGAAUAGAGGUCUGCUGGAGCUUGAUUUGAAGCUGGAUGACUUGCUGGAGAUGCAAAAGGAUAACCAGGACGAUUUGGAUCUUGAGUAUGUCCAGUUUAAUGUGCCAAAGGUGCUGGCCUUGUUGAACAAGAGGUUUGCGAGGAAGAAGGGGUGGUAG